GAUACUGUGCUGUAAGUGGAGUGAGGAUAUCCUGCUCUUUAAGUGACUUUGUGAGGAGGGCUGUGCAAGAAGUUUGAGUGUCACGUGAUGAUCCAGAGCUGAGAGUUGUUACAGAAAUUUCCGUUCACUUGGAGGGGAGCUGGUUGCUUGCAGUGUUAUAGGAGGUAACGUGUGAACAGCGAACUGGGUCAACCCAGCCUGCAAAUAGCAUGACACAACCCUUCAACUGAUUAUGGCUAUUCGAGAAUUAAAAGUCUGUCUCCUUGGGGAUACUGGUGUGGGGAAGUCGAGCAUCGUAUGCCGAUUCGUUCAAGACACCUUCGAUCUCAAUACUCUGCCCACCAUUGGUGCCUCAUUCAUGACUAAGACUGUGAGCUGUGGAAAUGAGCUCCAUAAGUUUCUGAUUUGGGACACAGCUGGCCAAGAGCGGUUUCACUCACUGGCUCCAAUGUAUUACCGUGGGUCUGCAGCAGCCGUUAUAGUUUACGACAUCACAAAUGAGGAAUCCUUCUACACUUUGAAGAAGUGGGUAAAGGAAUUGAAGGAGCAUGGGCCUGAAAACAUUGUGGUGGCAAUUGCUGGAAACAAAUGUGACCUUUCUGAUAUGAGGGAGGUUACAGUCAAGGAUGCCCAGGAAUAUGUUAAGUUCAUCAAUGCGAUCUUUGUUGAAACAAGUGCAAAGAAUGCCAUUAAUGUUGGAGAGCUCUUUGAAAGAAUCAGUCAACAAAUUCCACCUUUGGAUCCCUCUCAGCUCAAUAGCAACGGAGCUUUCAAAGUUGGAAGGCAUAAGGUACAAUCAGGCAGACGCUGCUGCUGAGGAGCCAGUUGUUUUGGGAGAGCAAACUCAAGCAGCGUUGAAUCAACAUCGUCAUACCAAGCAGCCAUACUGGAAAAGCAAAGGAAAAAAGCCUUUUUUUUGUGUUAUUAUUUGAAUUAUUUAGCAGUCUCCAGGUUAUUUGGUCAGUGGUUGGUCUGCUGAUUCUUUCAUUCUAGCACACUGUUGUCCUGCUUUCAGGAAGUUACUUUAGAAUUGUCAGAGAGAACUCCUGCACUAUGAAUGAAAAUAUUGAAAUGCCAGUUAUUAUUUUUGUUAUUUUUCCUCCCUCCUUUUUCUGUGUUUUUUUUUCUGUCCUUUAUUCUUCCUCUUCUGAGUACAGUGACUGAAAUCCAAUCCACGUUAUCGUUCCCAGUCUUGGUCACCAGUAACCAGGAGCAAAUAAAAUUUCUUCAUAUAUUCCCAAAUUGUGUCUAUAGCCCAUUGAUAAGCACUUUAACUGUAACGAUAAUCCCAGUUACAAAUUAAUAAAGUGUCUAUUCUGAGGAAGGGUCACCGGACCUGAAAUGUUAACUCUGAUUUUUUAUUCACAGAUGCUGCCAGACCUGCUGAGCUUUUCCAGCAACUUCUGUUUUUGUUCCUUGUUUGUGUUGUUAAUAAGUUGACUGUUUAUUUACUCCUGGCUGAUUUAAAGAAAAAAAACACAACUAAAUCUUAUGAAAUGGCUAUGAAGCACUGUAAAGGCUAAACACUGGUUAAAAACUUUCCACUGUUUCUUACACCUCUGCAUUUAAAAGGUUUAUGGCAUGAGGUCAUAUAAAAGUUAAAAUUGUUCCUUUGGUAAGUCCUUGAGCUUGAUGGGAAAAAGAAUUGCCUUGUGUGCCAAUAGGCUACAAAGAGCAGGACAGUUGACAUCACCAGCCAUUGAGUCAGGAUGGGGAGAUUAGUCAAGAAUCUCACUUUUGUUCACUGGCCAGUGACUCCUGGGGGAUAUGAAUGGUGGUACGAAUGAGUGGAUGUUGGAUGAGGGAAGAGUGAGAGAAAGCGGCAAUGUUGCCAUGGUGAAUGGCUUACCAAUACUCAUUGGCUAGGUUUAUUCAAGAACAUGACAAUUUGAUGCCCCAAGAUGGAUUGGUGACCUCAGGAAAAAAUGUGAAGAAAAUUGAGGAGGUGGUGGCAUUGGACUAGUUACUGGUCACUGGACUAGUAAUUGAGAACACCAGGUUAGUGAUGUGGGAACAUAGGUUCAAAUCCUACCAUGGUGGUGAAAUUUGAAUCCAAUAAAAAGCUAGCUAAUGAUGAUCAUGUCAAUUAUCAUAAAACCCAUUUUUUUAAGGGAAGGAAAUCUGGCCACUUUUACCUAGUCCAGUCUACCUGCGGCUCCAGACCCACAGCAAUGUGGUUGACUCUUACCAACCCACUGGGCAAUUAGAGAUGGGCAAUAAAUGUUGGCUGAGCCAGUGAUGCCCACUUCCCAUGAAUGGCAAAAGGUGUUAAAGCUUAGUUAAGCAUACAAAUGAAUUAACUUGAGUAUCCGAGGCACAAGAGAUACAAUAAACUCAAGCAUGCUUCAGUAAGUGUACCAGUACUUCUGCAGGUCUAGGCCUUUAAUCAAUAUAUUGUUGGCUUCAGCCAAAUGUUCAUUAUGAUGGGUGCCAAAGUCCAAAAAAAAAUGGUUACAUGCUAGACAUGUGCACUUGGAAAUGAAUUGAAAUUGUUUCAUACUCAGUGCAUUUUUGACCACCUGCUCAGUAAAAUACAAAGUGGCAUGUAGCAUGAAUGGCUGUUUGAUCUUUUCACUGAUCAUGAACAAUUUCUGUCUCAGAGGUAAUUGAGGUAAACUCUGCAAUAUCUAACUAAGUAUGCAUUCUGCAUAAUACAGCUUUGAUUCUUUGUUUCAUUUCCAUGGUCUCAGACGCUCAUAAUUUGUGAUGUAUUUUAUAGGGGCAGAAUUUACUGUUACUGGCACAGGAGCAAUGCUUGUUAGACUUGUUUAAACUGGAAAGUUUGCAUUACCCCAAACUGGGGCAUGACAAAUUGCAGCAAUUGGAAUGUUGAAACAGCAUGAAACUUUUUACAUAGGAUCUGGGAUCUGUAGGAAUAGGGCAAAUAACUGCAUAUCUCCUUAACAAAUCAUACUGAAGAAUUGUUAAUGGACAAGAAUCUGAUCAGAGAGUACAAGUUUGGAAUUUGAUGUUGUUUCAGAAAGAAAAUUAAAGGGAAGGAAAUAAAAAUUGAACUAACAGUGAGAAAGGGAAAAGAAAGGACAGAAAGAAAACGUGAAAAGAGUAAUUUAGUUUUUGUUUUAAUCUCCAACAAUAACUAAAAGCUGAGAAGGAACAGGAUUUAAUUAAGGAGUUUAAGGAGUUGAUUUUUCAGAGUUGGAGAAGUGGUUUGGCAAAGUUUAAGAUUGAUCACUCCAUUAAAAUGAUACUCAAACUGAAAAGAACAAGCCUAAACUUUGUGUAGUGAGUUUGAUCUGUAUCUCUGAAUCAAGUUGUGCUGUUCAAUAUGUAUGAAUGGGGAGCCGGAUGACAAUCUACUAUAUUUGGCAUUGUUACUGAGACAGUACCUUCCAGAUUUUUGUUGUUCUUCAUCUCUGUAAGUUCCUCCAACUCUAAAACUGUCUGAGACAUCCAUUUUCUGUGCCUUCUGACCUCUUGAGCUUUCAGCUGUCAAGGCAUUCAGUUCUGUAAUCCUCUCAACCUCUCUGUCUCCACCCUCCUUUCCUCUUUUAAUAUGCUGUCUAAAACCUACCUUGAUGACCAUGCUUUUUAGUUAUCUGCCCUAACAUCUUCUGAUCUGGCCCAGUGUCAAAUGUAGUUCAGUAACAUUUCUACGAAGCAUCUUUGGAUAUUUUAUUACAUGAAGUAAAAAUUGUCAACUGUCCACCCGCACGUGCCUGACAUUAUGAUUAAUUUAACAGAAACGGGAAUGAAUGCUGUCAACCUCACUUCUUUUUUUACAUUAAAUCACCGUUCUAUAUUAUUAUAGCCCUUUAACCCUCAAUGUUGCCUCUAAUAUUGAUCCAUCCUCUUUGGCGAAGUGCUUAAACAAUGGCACCAGCUAUUGUUUUUGAGAUUCAAACGAUAUGAUGUGUCCAUUGUGUUGCUUGAAGGGUGAAUGUAUUUUUUCUCCCCUCCUCGAUUAGAAAGGACUUUUCAUCAAUUGGCAUUAGUUUAGACAAUGUAUUGUGCAGCUCCAGCAGACCAUUCUUAUUUUCUUUAUGGUAACAAAAUCGUUUAAUUGAGUAAUUCCAGUUGCUUUUAUGGUUGAAAGUAUUUCUCAAACAAUUGCAUUUUCUUAAUGAAGCAAUGCUGAGAAUAUUUUAUAUCUAAGAGGCAAAUAAAGUCAGUGAUGGGGUUCUGUAAUAGGAUUAUCCCUCAGUUUCUUUCCUUUUUUCCUUUGUUGAUGGCAUGGAGAAAAAAUUCUUCUAUUUCAAGCUCCUGUAUUUCACUUUAGGCCUUUAUGGAUUGGAAGUUAAUGCAGGCUCUUUUCAUUUUGCAAUUUCACUGCUCACCAUACAAUGCUCACAGCAUCAUUUAAUGCUCGUGUAUAAGUAUGAACACAAGAACUAGGGACAGUAGUAGGCAAUCCCUUCUGCCAUUCAAUACAAUCCUGGCUGAUCUCAUCUCAGCCUCAACUGCACCUUCCUCUACGUGACCUUUCAAUGCAAGACUGAUUAAAAAUCUAUCUCCUCCUUAAAUUCAUUCAGCGUUCCAGAUAGGUAUAUGAAUAGGAAAGGUUUAGAGGGAUAUGGACCAAAUGCAGGCAAGUUUAGUUUGGGAAAUUUGGUUAGCAUGGAUGAGUUGGACCGAGGGUCUGUUUCCAUGCUAUUUGACUCUAGUAAAUUCCAGAUUUGCAAUCCUUUGAGAGAAGUAAUUUCUCUUCAUUUCUGUUUUAAAUCUGCCACUCUUUAUGCCAAAACCAUGACUUCUCAUUCUAGAAUGCCCCACAAGGGGAAGCAGCCUCUCUAAAUUCUCACCCUAAACCACACCGUCUGUCCAUCUGUUUCUUUCAUCCCCUCGACAGACCCUUUAAAACCUGCUUUCUCCUGCUCAAGGGCAAUAAAUAUUGGCUUUUCUGGUGACCGUGCAGCCCAAAUAAUCAAAAAUAACACAUGCACAAGUAUUUGUCUGAGUUGAAACAAAGGUAGAGGGCAGUUUGUUUAAUACCAAGCCAGGUUGCAGAAGGUUCGGGAACCCUCAAGCACCAGGGUUGCCUUAAGAAGCAGUUUGCCUCAGACAUCAAGUUGUGCUGACACCUCAUAGUGCACAGGGCAAGGUCUUCGCGUAUUUACCUGUUCAUCUGGUUUUGCAUAUGUGGACCUCCUCCUCCGACCACACUGUGACUUUGACUGUUCCCGGGAGUGGAUCCGUUGGAAUGGGCUGUGUGGGAGGACCUGUUAAGUAUUGUGCCUUUAAAAUAUUUUCAAAUGAAAACACGCAGAACAAUUGUAAGUUGCAAAUAGCACUGACAUUUUCAACCUUUUAGGAGUUUAAUUCCAUUGUAUGAGCAUGGAUCCAGUGACAAUCUCGAACUGAUAGUGCUUUGUGAAAUUACAUGCUUCAUACACAGGUUCAGCUCCAGGGUAUUUGCACAAAAAUGUACCAAAAGUCAAUUUAAAUAAAAAGUCCCCUGUUUGCAACUGUAAAACCUAGUUAGAGUGCACCACCAAUUGAUUUAAUUUUAUUUGUUCCUGGAAUGUGAACAUCACUAACAGAGUCAGCCAUUCUUACGAAUCCCUAACUGCCCUUGAGAAGGUCAGCUCCUUUCUUGGUGCCUCUAUACACGGUACGGCAGAUUUGUUUUAUUCCAGUGCAGAUUCAAAUGGACACACCAUCCACAUUAAAGGCUUUAUCAUACUUUGAAGGAAGUUUAUACUAUUUGGUCCCUGUUCUCAUUUAUUUUUAUGCAAGGUGCUAUUCAUCCUCCUGCACAAGAGGCAGGUGUGUGCCAUCCUUCGAGAUUUCAGUGAAAAUGUUCUGUUGUGGGCCAUAGGAAAAAUACAAAGAUAGGAUCGGGUCACUCUGCAUGUAUUUUCACUCUUUCUUGUCUUUGUGGAGUGUCCUGUGCUCUGCACUUUCUUGUAAAGGCUGCCUUAAAUUGAGAACUGGCUGUGCAGGAAAACACUGACACAAACCCCCUACAUCCCCUCACUCUACUGUGUAGCAAAAAUAACGAUUGCUUCAAUAUCUCUGUAUUCCACAGUCUUUAUGACUCGAACAUGCGGAAAAUGUACCUGAAUUGUGCAAUGCAGAUCACCCAUGUGAACCAGCAAUUUUCCUAAUUAUUGAACCUUUUUGUUUCAGAAUUAUUAAACCUCUGCUGUCAUUGUCUUCUGUCAUUGGUUCAGGUUAAAGGCUCUGAGAUCACUGAUCAUACAGUCAUUACUGAAUAAUCACACGUUUUGACUCUUUGGUUUAGCUUGUUGUGUAAAAACACCCCACCGAGAUUUUAUUUUCAACUUAGUCAUCAUUACAGAAAUGCUGCAAAUUAAUUGUAUUUGUUUUUUGUUAUGACAGUGUCAGCUAAAAGGGAAACUUGGCUGCAGUUCUAAAUAAAUCCAUCCGUGUGCCUUGAUCAAUAUAUAAGUUAAAGAAUUUGUAUAAAUUGACACCAAACAUAAUCUCUGGUACCAAUUUCGGUAUUCUAUGGGUCAAGUGAAUCUCCUUAAAAGCUGAGCGCAUUUUCAAUUAAAAUAUGUUUUUCUUAGAUUGGGCUGGUCCCAUGUAGUACAUGUCCAUUAAAUGGGUACAAUGUUUAUAUUAUUCUCAGCAUUAAUACUGUGUAGUAGUACUAUUAACAUAGCACAGUUGCUUAAGGUAAAGUAUUUCAAUGUACAUUCAAUAAACAACCUUUCAUAACAA